GUGGACAAGUUGCAACUUGAUAUUGAGGAUCUCACCCAGCGAUACACAUUGUGCAUUCGAAACUACCUCACUAGAGAACGUACAAUAAGAGAGCAAAUUGACUUCUUUGUGCCUCAUUUCAACACCAUCUGUUUUGGCCUCUCUCAAUGCCCAGAUGGCGUUCAGUUCGACGAGCUAUUUAAUAUUAUUCUGGAUUCUUUAUCUUCUCUCUAUCGCCAAAAUAGGGAUCUAUCACAGCGAAUUAGUGUAGCCUCAGAUGAAGACAAGCAUGCAUCUCUCGAGACAGAACAGGGAGAUUCUGUUAUUCUUCUGCCACCUGAGGCACUUGACACACUAACCAAAUUAGCCAAUGUUCUUAACCUGCCCAGGCUCAUUAUUGAGCUUCCCAAGGAGGAUGCGGACUCGAAAAAGGUUGGCACAGCUUCCACUUUGUCAUUAGAUGCUUUUAAAAGUCUUUUUGAAGCCGUGAAGCAGGCCGUUGACGCUGCGCUUGAGUCGAGGUCCGAAGUAGAUCGUCUUACUGAUCUCAUUUUUCGACUGCGCGAGCAAAUUGCCAAAUCUCAACCAGAGAUUACUGGCUUGCCGCAAGAAAACGAAUACUUGAAGGCCUCACACGCCAGUGAAUCUUCAGAACUUAAACAACAUCCGGUAUCUACAGUAACUGCGAUUGAGGUGGUUCGUGAUGAUAGCGGGCAGAAAUUACAGAAUCCUGUAAUCCGAAUCUGUGAGGCUGGUAAGACUGCACGACACAAAGCCAGGCCCAUUGUAAAUACAAGUGUCCGACUCGUGUCUCCGCUCUUGCGUGCUAGUCCUGCCCGACGUGUCUCCGCUACAACACUACAUAAUGAAUCUAUUCAUUCAACCCUGCGGAGUCGACGAUUAUCCAAAAGUCAGCAUCCACGUCCAAAGGUUUCGCGGUCAUGCCGGGUUCCUUCUUCCUCAGCCGACACUAUGGACCGUUUACAGGUACCGUCUAGGAUGAAGCGAUCGGUGAUUUGUAAGGGUAUUUCAGCAUUGAAUCCAGCUUUUGAUCAGGAAAGCAACCCAAUUCCAAUGAAUGCCACUUUGAGAAUAGACCUAGAGGCUGACGAAGAGCUGCAUGCGGAAGAGUGUCCUCCAGCCUCUAUCGACUCUCCUCCCCUCAGAGACCACGAAACUGAGAUUGAAGAAUUGUUGCCUCCUGUUUCUCAAUUAGACCUCUCAUUGGAAUGCCCUGAAGCGUUUGUUACGCAGGCAAGUCAAAGUCAGCCAUCAACUUCUGAAACAGACAAAAAUAAAGACAUUUUGCUUAGUUUGACAGGAAUUCGAACUGAGUGCAGCCGAUUAGUGUCUGAGUUGUCGGAGCGUGAAAUCGUAAAUAAUGCUUUGCUCGAGAAAAUUGAGCAUUUGACAAUCUCUUCUGAGAGUGCAGCUUCCAAAUUUCAGGCAAUUAUCAAUGCACAAGCCAAGGACCUCUUGGAGCUUGGGCGGAACAAGGAUGAAGUCUCUAAACAGCUAAUUGAAUUACAGAGUAGUCUGGAGGAAAGAGAAUCACUUGUGAAGCAAGGGCUCCAAAGUUUGGGAGCAGUGCAUCAUAUUUUGCACAGGUAUAUACAUGCGGAUAAUAAAAGUUCCAUAAAUAAUCAGCCUCUGGCAGCGACAGAGACCUCAAAAGAAAUUAGCACUUAUCAAAUGCAAGUUAAAGAAGACAAAAGCAUUUCUUCUCAGGAGAUAGAAAACUUGAUAAAGCAGUUAAAAGUGCCUUUGAGCAAUUUACAACUCCUUUUUAGAGGCAAAGAUGAAGAUCCACCUUUUAGAAGCUCACUUAGAUUGGUUUCAGACGCUCCUGAGACGUCGACAGUCUUGAGCCUGGAACCAGGUGCAUAUGGCUAUUCGGGCACUAUUGACGAAUCCCAAGUUACUGUGCUGACUGAUCAACUGCAUACUUCUUUGAAUCGACUACCAGAAGUUCAGGAAGUCGUCUGCCUCAAAGGCCUCUUCAACGAUUUGGAAGAGAAGGUUGCGUUGCAUUUACGAGCUGUCGCUGCAUUGAAACAAGAAUUAGCUGCCGCUGCAGAGAAACAGGAAAGUAUAACUCGUGACUUGCAGACAUCGCUUCAGGAUAAUGUCUUACUAUCUGAGAGCCUGCAUCAGUUGGAGGACGAACUUCGUAAGACGACAGCUCGAGAAAUUCUGUUAACGAGAUGCAUCUGCUCUCUGGAGCUGAUCUUCGAGGGCGGAUCCCACGAAAACCCCUCUAUCUUACCUGAUCAGCUUGAAAACGCUCUUUCAUUACUAGCUCUCGAGGAGCCGUGCAGCGAGUCUGAAAUCAUAAUAAACUUUCUGCGCAAGCUGAAAGCAAACAGGAUUACCCUAUCUAAUCCGAUCGUGCCCGCCGAAGCAUGCAAGCAAGAAGACAAGGCUUGUGUAAAGCAACAUGAUGAGCCACCGGUUGUGACGGUCUCUCAAUUCUCUCAUCCAGUACCCAUAUUCUCCUUAGUGCAUGCCGUAGCACCAACAGAACUCGAGCCUAUCCUACCGCCCACUAUUAAUAUUAGCUUGCGAUCUGAUGCCAUGUUAAGGCCUCAUGGGUUAAAUCUAAAUUUUACGGUCAUAAACGAUCAACCGACUGAAAUGGAAUCAAUGAAAGCCAAGAUUCGUGAACUCGAGACUUGCUUGAUGAUCCUACAGGGUGCUACUAAGUUGACCACGACAAACCGAUGGACCGAAAGCCUAGUGGAUUACGCGCCUGAAGACAUUAUCACGUCACUCCACAUUCAACCCUCUUUGGCUUAUGAACCUUAUGAAAUGAAAACUUGUCCCUCUGGCUCAUUUGAUUAUAUUCCAGAAACCGUCUUACAUUCAUCCCUUCUUGUCAAGGCUAUGCCGCUCACGAUAAGAUCUUUUGGUUUGCUGGUUGACGAGCCCAAUCUGACCUACAGACGCAUUAGUCUCGACCAGGAGGAGUCUCUGGGAAAUCUUAGUUGUAGUGGCCCAAGCAAACCUGUAUUGUUAGAUUCAUUCCAGAGAGCCAGUGGCGCCGGCACACAUGGUGGCAUCCGCCCUUCCGUUAAGAGUAAUACUGUGGCAUCGGAAACACAGUCAUUAGAAUGCACAUUGGCCCUAUCCGAAGUUCAAUUAGAUUCAACCUGGGUUAAUCGGUUAUCAGUUCCCGACUCCCCAAAUCCAAUUGACAUUGGUGCCUCAUUCCAGAUCCCCAGUAUUCAUAUGGGCUCUGAGAGUCAUCGAUCUUGUUUCAGCAGAUUAGUAACCAAUGCAGAAAGUGAAACGGAGGAAAGGCUCAAGACGGCAUGCAUUAGGUCGCGAGGAGAGGAACUUAAUUCGGACGACCAGCAGGAGGCAUUACCGUCUAUAGCCAUGGCUAGCAACCCCAUUUUCAUGCUGAACGCCGGGGCUGAACUGCAUCCCGAGUUGUCUGCGACGUCGUGUCUACCAGACGGGAUCGCGCCUUCUGAUUUGUAUAGCAUUUCGGGUGAGCUCCCUAAUGAUGAAGCAAGUGAGGAGAAUGCAAUCACUGAGUCUGUGAUUCGGGCUGAGAGUCAAGAAGAGGCACAGAUCACCAAGGGCCCUAGGACACGCCCGCCACCAAACUCUACUUUUAGUGAACUUCUUAGCCUACGUGAACAAAUGACUAAGAUGCAAAAAUCGAAUGACGAACUGAGCCAAGAGCUCAAUCUUGUCCAGACAAGGCUUCGUCUGGCAAAUUCUCAGCUGGAGGACUUGGGAAGUUUGCAAGACAUCCGGAUUGCUUCAAUGGUGGAUUCGCUCCAGAUAGCUCAUUCGAAACUAUUGCAAAUAGGCCUUUCUGAGGAUGGGUGUAAGAUAACCGAGUUAUAUAGUCGGUUAUUUGCCGAGAUCGAGUUGAAAUCUAGCCAGCAUGCCGAGGCAGAGAGUAAGAAUCUGCAAUUUCUUGCCGUCAACCUGGAACUCAGUCGAGAACUGGAUCUGUUGCGGGCAGAGAGAGACGAAAUAUUGGGACAGAAAAUGCAGCUUUUGCAGCAGAUUGAUCGCAAAACUUCAGAGUUGACCUCUGCUCUACCUUCGGCUGGGCCUUUGCUGGAAAGAUUCAACGCAUACUCGAAUGAGCCCCUUGGAGCUAAUUCUAUGCAUAAAGAGAUUGGGGAACAAAAAACUCAUUUUGACGCGUUUAAGACAAUGCUUGAAGAAGCGCACAACGUUGAAGAUCAGGUCACUACAAAACUUGGCCUUCUCUGCGUAUGUUUG